GGACAAGUGCUUUUGAUGUAAAGGGUCAUUGUUGCGUGGCCUCUCCAUCGAUUGUUACAGAUUUCUCGACCGUAAAACUUUAUUCCGUGUGUUGACCACAAAGUGUGAAGGUGAUGGUACCGAUCUAGUUGGCGCGGACGAAAACAAAAGUGACUUGUUUUUAUUUUAAGCCAACUUGAUGACAGUUUUUUUCGAUAUUUUCAUCAAGACGCGAACCCCAGAAAUGUUGUUCCUGUACCCCAUUCUUUUUAUCCUUCCGGCAAUGGCUUCGGCCCGAAUCGACUGCUCAAGGGAGUCCUACGAUGAGUGCAUUCGAAUCGCUGACCCUUUGGUCAAACAGCCCCAUUUAAUUUUCCCCGACAACAUGAACGACAUUGAUAUAGUUUGCAAGACUUGGAAUAAAUUCGUCGAUUGCUUGAAAUACUACACUGAUAAUUGUUUUACUGAACAACAAAGACGCCAGUUUAACAAAGCAGUGGAAGAUUCCAUCGAAAGUGUGCACCAGAUGUGUGUACAACCCAGCUAUCAGAAGGAAUACUUACAAUAUGCCCCCUGUAUUAAGAGUACCAUUACAGAACCUGCCCAUUGUGGCUCACACUACAAUCUUUUAGUGGAUCAAGUCGCCCAAGGGGAAAUUAUCUCGAAAUCAACAUUGUGUUGCUCCCACGAUCGUUUCAAACAGUGUAUCAUGCGCGAAACGCGCCGCCUAUGCGACCGAAACGCCCCCGAAUUCGCAACACACUUAAUCGACAAGGCUUUGAGUUUCCUCCAGGACCAAUGCUACAACUACAUCCCCAACUCUGGCGACUGCACGACACUCGCCACCGACUCGCAACCCUUCUCCACGUCAUCAAGCGAAGUGUACCCCUGGAGCACCAUCGAGGACAUCGCCCCCAAGGAGAUCCUCCCCGCACGGGUGACUCCCCCAAAACCACCAACAACGUGGCUGCCCUCGUCCAGCAUAACCCCAAAUUCGGACGCGUCCCCCACCCAAAUGCUGGGUUCGCGCACACGCCCCGCCUCCUUCGGCAGAGCCAGUAGCUGGUCGGACACGCCCACAGGCGUGUCCACAACACCGUCAUCGCGUCCUGAUUGGGCAACGGUGACCAGUUGGAGUCCACAAAGCGAGAGUGGGAAAACAACCACGUGGUACCCGGCUGCUGGCACCGAACUUGGCAACCAAGUCGAGGAGCCCAACCAGCAAGGCCUGACCAAGCCCAGGAAUGGGGCGGGGCGAGGGGCCGUGGGCGUGGCUGCGGUGGUUUGGGCGGCGGUCUGGCUAGUCUAGGGGAACUACAAGAGCAGCUAUUUAUUGUCAGCACUAGUCAGAUUACCAAAUAGGCCCAUGUACUUGAUUUUAAUAAACUUAUUAUUUUCGGA